AUGCUGUUGCAAUGGGAGGUUUCUAGCAUGCUUUUGCGCAGUGACAUCCGCAUACCUACACCCUGGGAGUGCCAAAGAUUGCAGCCCUCAUUUGCUUGCCGCAGCCAUGCAUCCAGCCGUUUCUGCUCCAGCCGGUCCUCUGUAGCUGCUACGGCCACUGCUGCAACAGUUCUUUCCCGCUGCCGGGGUCAAGGUCUCCGGUUGCGGACAUCGCAGAAGGUGGCGAUGGUCGCAAGGGGUGGCGAUGACGUUUUUGCAGAUCCCCCAAGGGAAUUGAGCCGUAGCACCAAGAAGCAGUUGCUGCCGAAACAUCACAUGAUGGUGGACGUGGCUGUGCUUGCCGCCAGCGACAGCGAGGAGGAUCUGCAACGAGAUGCCAAGGUCUUGUUGUCGCAGCCGCACAUCCGCUCCGUGGCAGUCUUCGAGCCACGCGGUGUGGGCUUGGAUGAGUCGAGGGCAGGGGUGCGGCAUGUGGCCGGGGACCCCAACCUGGAGAUCAUCUACAAGGAGAGUGGCCUCUCCUUCCGGCUGGACAUCUCCCAGCGCCUGAGUCGCUUCAGUCGCUGCCAGGGAGGACGUGGUGAACGGGAGCGCUUGGCGACGUUGGUAGCUCCCGGUGAGCGAGUCCUUAUCCUAGGCUCUGGCAUUGGCAUCACCGCCUGCGUCCUUGGUGCUCGGUCGGAGCCAGCGGAAGUUCUGGGCAUUGAGCGGGAUGAGGUGAAGAAUGAGUUUGCCGUGGCCAACAUAUGCGACAACAAGCUUCAAAGAACGGUGCGCAGCAUCGCUGGAGAUUUGUUGGACAUGUCCCAGCUAGGCAGCUUCAAUCGGAUUUGUGCCUUUCUGAAGUUCCAGCCGAUUGAAAACCUGCAGCCAUUGAUGGGAGCCUUGAUGCCCGGAGGCACGCUGCACUACUACAACCACGAGUCCAAGGAGGAGUUCAGCCAGGAGCCCAGUGCGGUGCUGGAGGCUUUCAGGGCCCUGGCUGCAGGGCAUCCGCAUCUCCAGGGCGAGGUGCGUCUGACGUGGCGCGGCAAGGUGCCGCGGAAGUCCAUCGCGCCCAAGUUUUAUCGCGUGGGGAUGGAUCUCAAGAUUUCAUAAAGAUG